ACUCGCCCCCGGCAGCGGGGCGGAGCGGAGGCGGGGGUCCCGGCACUGCGGGGAGGGCUGUGCCGGCGCGGGGAGGGGCCCAGCCGCCCGGCCCGCCCUAUAUAGGGGUUGAGCGCGUAAGAUGCUCAAUGCCAGUGGCGGUGAGAUUGUUCUGCGCCUCGGAGGUGGCGGCAGCAGGCGGGCAUCGCUGAGUCUGUGCUCCCUGCUUGCGCGUGUGACUGAGGCAGGGUGCGGGGCCGCGGCAGCGCUCGGCUCCGAGUGCGGGAGGCGCGGAGAGGGGGAGAAACCCUGUUUUGGGCGGUGCGCUGGGACCAGCGGUAGUGGGAACGGAGUCUGUCUCCCUGCCCUCAGCAGGAGAUCCUGGGUAGGGGCGGCCCCAGGUAGGGGGAGUUGGGCGGCAAGGAGGAGCCGCCUCCGCCGCUGGGAAACUCCGCGCCGCCGGCGUCCGUCCCCUCCGGCUCCGCGGGCGGCCGUGCCGGGACGCGCGGGUCCCCCGACAGCAUGAACAUCCUGCUGGAGCUCUUCGUGGUGACUUUCCGAGUGCUGUGGGCUUUCGUGUUGGCCGCGGCCAAGUGGCUGGUGCGGCCCAAGGAGAAGAGCGUGGCGGGGCAGGUGUGCCUGAUCACCGGGGCGGGCAGCGGCCUGGGCCGCCUCUUCGCGCUGGAGUUUGCCCGGCGCCGGGCGCUGCUGGUGCUUUGGGACAUCAACACGCAGAGCAACGAGGAGACGGCGGGCAUGGUGCGACACAUCUACCGGGAGAUGGCCGAGGCGGCCGCCGCCGCUCCCAGAGUAUCUGGAGAUGGAGAAAAAGAUGCGCUGCCCCACUGCAACUUGCAGGUUUACACGUACACCUGUGAUGUGGGCAAAAGAGAAAAUGUCUACUCGACAGCUGAGAGGGUCCGCAAGGAGGUUGGCGAGGUGUCCGUCCUGGUUAACAAUGCUGGCGUGGUCUCUGGGCACCAUCUUCUGGAGUGUCCUGAUGAGCUUAUUGAGAGGACCAUGAUGGUCAACUGUCAUGCACACUUCUGGACCACUAAAGCAUUCCUUCCCAAGAUGCUGGAAAUGAAUCAUGGACACAUUGUGACAGUUGCAAGCUCCUUGGGAUUGUUCAGCACUGCAGGAGUGGAGGAUUAUUGUGCCAGCAAGUUUGGAGCUGUAGGUUUCCAUGAAUCUUUGAGCCACGAAUUGAAGGCUGCUGAAAAGGAUGGCAUCAAAACAACUUUAGUCUGCCCUUAUCUUGUAGAUACAGGAAUGUUUAGAGGAUGCAGGAUCAGAAAAGAAAUCGAGCCUUUCCUCCCGCCCUUGAAACCAGAAUACUGUGUGAAGCAGGCUAUGAGAGCUAUCCUCACAGACCAGCCCAUGAUCUGCACACCUCGCCUCAUGUAUAUGGUCACCUUCAUGAAAAGCAUUCUGCCCUUUGAAGCAGUGGUGUGCAUGUACCGAUUCCUGGGAGCAGACAAGUGUAUGUACCCUUUCAUUGCUCAGAGGAAGCAAGCUACAAACAACAAUGAAGCAAAAAAUGGGAUUUGACACUAUUUUGGAUGGACUGAGGUGUGAUGGUGAAUAUGAUCAUGUUAUAUGACUGAAUGGUGAAGUGCACUUGCAUCUAACAUGCAAAUGUCGGCAUCUUACCGUGGCAUUCUCUUGAGUCCUAAACCUGUGUAUUGAACUCAAAAAAAAUCAAUGAUUUUUUUUUUAUAUAUACUGUAAAUAAAAACUGACUAGAAUACUUGGAAAAUGUGAUAGGUAAGCAAAGUGAAUUUAUGAUGUAGCUGCCACCAUUGUCCUUUAGAAUAUCACUGUAUGUACAGGGAACCGGUCACGAUACUUCUUGUAGAGAUGCACUGUGUGAGAUCUCUUCUUCAGCCUGCCAAGGCCCCUAAGCACCCUCUCCAGCUCCACAAAGCAAUGUUUCAGAAACUGUCUUUCCCUCUGUUAUUUGGGAAUGGGGAGGGAAGGGAACCUUGAUUCUUCAGCUACUGCUCAUGACCUUUUAGCAAAUUCCAGUUUCUGAAUGCAUCUCCGCUUGUUCACCCCAGCACUUGGAAGGACACAUGGCCAAAUUGUGAUGUCACUCUAUUGUAGCAACUGUGUGUGUUCUAUUUCAGCAGAGAGAAAAAGGACUUUGUAUGUCUCUGCUGAUUCAAAGGCCAGUGAAUGUCUCCAAUAUGCUCAGAGCAAACUAGUCCUGGGCCUCUGCUUUUCUAGGAAUGCAGUCUAUGGUUUAAACUGAUUUU